AAGGAAACGCCGCCGCCCGGGGCCGGGGCAUCCCCGGGGCGGCGGGAGAGCUCGGCGGCCCUGCCUGGGGAGGCCUCGGCGGGGAAGCGCCCUCUCCUCCCUCCCUCUCUGCGGGGGGAGGUUCGCCGCUCCCCCGCGCUCGCCCCGGUGAGGAACCGUCCCCAGGCGCCCGGGGAUGAAAUAAUUUCAUUUUCGUUGUUUCGGAGAGUAACCUCUUCCUCGUAUGAGUAAGAGGUUUAUCACGCAGAAACAUGGACCUGGGUUCAGAAGUUUCUUCAUUCGCUGCGGACGUGGAGCUUGAAGAAAUUCGCAAAUGUGGAAUGAAAAACUUCCGUAAUAUCCAGGUUGAUGAAGCUAAUUUAUUGACCUGGCAAGGGCUUAUUGUUCCUGACAAUCCUCCAUAUGAUAAAGGAGCCUUCAGAAUUGAAAUCAACUUCCCAGCAGAAUAUCCAUUCAAACCUCCUAAGAUUACAUUUAAAACAAAGAUCUAUCACCCUAACAUCGAUGAAAAGGGGCAGGUUUGUCUGCCAGUAAUUAGUGCUGAAAACUGGAAGCCAGCAACCAAAACUGACCAAGUAAUCCAGUCCCUCAUAGCACUGGUGAAUGAUCCACAGCCCGAGCACCCCCUCCGGGCUGACCUAGCUGAAGAAUACUCUAAGGACCGUAAAAAAUUCUGUAAGAACGCUGAAGAGUUUACAAAGAAAUAUGGUGAAAAGCGACCAGUGGACUAAAAUCUGACACAAGUGCUGUCAGCAACCUAUGAUAGAAGAUCGGAGCAGUGCAUUUGAGACACCCCGUAAAGCAGGACUCUAUGGAAAAUUGACAAGUGCCACCUUUCGGUGUGAACUUGUGGCUGUUACUAACUUUCUACAGUUUUCUUAAUCAAAAGUGGGCUAGGUAACCUGUAAAGAAAGGAUUAAAAUUUAAGAUGUUCUAGUUCUGCUUUCUUUGUUUAAAAAUCACUGCUUCAAUAUACUUUAAAGUAUGCUGUUUUCUUUUUUCUGUCAGAAUUUAUCAAAAAUAUCUUAGACUUAUAUUCUGCCCUUAAAUUGAAAAGGUUGUGGCUGUCAUUUCUUAUUUUUCCUUGCAGUUCCUACUAUCUUGAGUUCAUUCAUUGAAUUUUAACCCCCUCCUCAAAGUAAUGUCUUAGGAAAAAUAUCCCAGUUCCGGCAGAAAAUGAUUGUUUGGCAGUUUCAUUUACUUUUCUUUCUAAAUGUUGCACUGUGCUUUGUGGGACUUGUUGCAAGUUCCCCCGAACUUCAGCUUGUAACAUAAUAAACAAAUUCCAACCCACAAAACCAAUCAGAAAUAAUGUCUGGGUCUGAUGUAAAUCUGGCCAGUGUUUAUUAAACGGGGACACCCGAGUUUUUGUGUGCAUCAUUGAAUUAGAAUAUGGCUUAAGUUCUGCUCUUGGAAAACUUUGGGAAAAAAAUCUGUAGCAAACAAGUAGUAGAAUGUGAUUGCAAACUUCCUUCACUUCUGUCUUUAAUAUCUAUGCAGAGUAGUAGGAAACAUGCACAGAACAACAUUGCAACCAAUCCAGGAGAGUUCCAGAAACUGGGGACCAAGAGACAAACUGUCUUUUGAAUUUAAAAUCAUUAUUUUGGAAACGUUAAUUUUGAACUCAAGAACUAAAUCUGACAGCACCGCUGUCCUCUCUGAACAUUUUCCCUCAGAAUGCGUCAGGAGCAUCUGUGUUUGUGGGAGGGCCCUUGAGCUGCUCCCAGCCCCAGCACGGCUGCGAGGCCAGGCCUGAGCAAUAACAGAGUGUGCUUGGCUGCUGCUGCUGCUGUGUUCAGCACACGGGGCAGGGCCUUUAGUGAGUGUUCAGUGUCAGUGCAGUUCAUCAGCUUUGUCAGGGAGAGCCGUCCUGCGGCUGCCCCGGGGCACUCCUGCGCAUGCUGAAGGAAAGGAGAGGGAGCCUUUCCCUUCAGAGCUGAGCAUCCUUUGCCUGUCUCUGCUGCUUCUGCUGCCUUUCCUCCCCAGCCCAGAGCGUGAUCCUAGCUCCACAGUCAAACUGCCACACAGUCAACCUGCUGUCUCCCCUUCUGCAGCUGGGGUCUGCUACUGAGUGAAUGGAUUAUUUCCAGAAAUCCAUCGGUAUCUGGGAGCACAUAUCGUUUCGAUGUGCAGGAAGCUGAGUUGAAAUAACCCUGACACCUAGGUGGUUGCCUGUACUCCUAAAUUCAGUUUUAAUACAGCCUCUGCCUUUGCAACCUUUCAGAACUAGUGUGUCAAGCAGUAGAUCGCUCUUGGUUUUAACUUCUUGUGUAUUUGCUAUUUCCUUAUUCGUCCCUCUCCUCUGGCUUUCAUUUCCAAUUUAGUGUAAACAAUGACAGCCCAGUACCUCACCUCUGUUGAAAGUAAAUUUUUUUAUGAGUUAGGGAGCUAAGAAAUUUUAUGUUUAAGUGUUCUUAGACAGAUUCUUUGGCAGGUAAAUAAAGUUAAACCACAUUCACCUUAUUUACGGAAACUCGCAUUUCCUAAGUGUUUUCAGGCUUGUGAGAGCACUAUUACCAAAUUUUCACAUCUUUGUGUCUUCAUUUGCAGAAAGUUGGUACUGAUUUUGUUUCGUUCACGCUCACUCAGAUUCAUAAUAAAAUAAUGCCAAAUUAUCUGUCAAACUGAAGUGUGUAACUUCUGCAUCACCUGAGUCACUGUACCUUUGAUCAUGUCUGUUGGCAUGGAAACUUACCAUUCUCUAAAUUUUAUUUGGAACAAAUCUGUAGCACUAGUUUGCUGCCCUCGUUGCUACUCAAUAGUUACUCUGUGGUUGUAAAGCCUCUCAGGUCAAAGACUGCGCCCGUCUGCCUGGCUGUGACCGGAUGCUGCGGAAGGGACGGAAGGGCUGCGAGCCCGCAGGAGCUCCGGCUGAGCCGCACCAGCCGCUCCCCUCCAGCUGCAGAGCUCACACGAAGACAGAUCUCGCUAUCAGUUCUCUUGGUGUGUUCUUCAUAGUCCAAUUGCUAAACUGUGAGACAAAGUGUAAACAAAGUGCUGGCGCGUGUCUGGGGCAGCCUCUGAACAAAGGGAUCUGGCACCCGUGUGGCUGAAGGCUGAGGAUGAGAAAUCCAAGUGCGAAGUCCUAGGAUAACUCAGGAAAUCAAGCUCUUGUUCUCUCUGGUUCCCUAAGCCAUGCUGAAUUUUAAAUGUGCAGUUGAACAUCCACAAUGAAAGCAGCACACUGGUGAAACUACACCCAGGAGUACUGGUAUAGGCUUUCUGCAAGUCCAUUCUGCUACCCUAAUAAAAAUUGCUCUCAAAGGC